AUGGUAUCCGGAGAAACGGCGCGCAUUACUCGGUCUAAAUCUGCAGGAACAAGGCUUAUUCGUCUGCCGUCACCGCAAGCACCGUCUCGAACGACGCGAUCCCGAAAACCCAAAGUCGAGACUUCAGCGACGCGACCAAAAUCUACGAGAAAGGGAAAGCGGGUGGUAAAGGAUGAAUCAGACUCAGAUGGGGACUAUUUGGGUGCGGCGCGCGCUCCCCGACGCCCGGUGGUCAUGAUUGCAGAAGAGCCUAUUAAAUAUGUCACUCCUCCUAGCGAAUCUGAAGAGGAGAGGCACGAGGUCUACCUCAGUACCAGAGUCUCGGACGAGGAUCUCUCGGGAGAUUUGGACGAUGGGGUAGGAGACGAUGAACCGGCACCAGUCCCAGUCCCCAGCGACCCCACCGCGCUUCUCCAAAUGCUGCGAUCGACCGUCCUUACAGCCUCUCAGGGCGUCAUCACGACCUAUGACGAGCUGCUCGAAAGAGUCAAGGCGGCAUUCGAGGAAGAAAAGAGGCUCAUCAAUUUGCAGCUUACCGUCGUCAGCGAAACUUACCUCGCCAGAAUCAAAGCCAUGGAAGCCGGGCGAGCCACCCUCAUGGAUAUUUUGCGAAGAGAGCACCCCGACCUCCUCUCGGAACCAUCCCCACCGACCACUGCGCCAGGUGCCCACACUACCACCACCUCGAACUCUACCCUUCGCUCGACCACGCGCGCUUCGAACAGGAAGGCGUCUUCCUCCACCGCCCGCCCCAACGCUCGACCUUCGUCUAGCAAGGUCGUCGAAAAGACCUGA